CGCCCCCUCGGCCGGCCAUCGGAACUCGCCCGGGCUGACGAGUUGCCGCCGCGGAAGAGCCCACGCACCUCUCCUCCUCCUCCCUCAGCUGCCCGACCGCCCUCGCCCCGGGCACCGCCGCCCCGAGGCCUCGCCGCCGCCGACAUGAGCUUCUUGUUUGGUAGUCGCUCGUCUAAAACUUUUAAGCCAAAGAAGAACAUUCCAGAGGGUUCUCACCAAUACGAACUUUUAAAACAUGCAGAAGCCACACUUGGCAGUGGCAAUCUCCGGAUGGCUGUCAUGCUUCCUGAGGGGGAAGAUCUAAAUGAGUGGGUUGCAGUCAACACUGUGGAUUUCUUCAAUCAGAUUAACAUGCUCUAUGGAACCAUUACGGAUUUCUGUACAGAGGAGAGUUGCCCAGUGAUGUCAGCUGGCCCAAAGUAUGAGUAUCACUGGGCAGAUGGAACAAACAUCAAGAAGCCUAUUAAGUGCUCUGCGCCAAAGUAUAUUGAUUACUUGAUGACUUGGGUUCAGGACCAGUUGGAUGAUGAGACAUUAUUUCCAUCAAAAAUCGGUGUCCCAUUUCCAAAGAAUUUCAUGUCUGUGGCAAAAACUAUACUCAAACGCCUGUUUAGGGUAUAUGCUCACAUAUAUCAUCAGCAUUUUGAACCUGUGAUCCAACUUCAGGAGGAAGCGCAUCUCAAUACAUCUUUCAAGCACUUUAUUUUUUUUGUCCAGGAAUUCAACCUUAUUGAUAGAAGGGAACUUGCACCACUCCAAGAACUGAUUGAAAAACUCACCUCAAAGGACAGAUAAAAGGAUGCUGAGCUGUGCAAAUUGUUCCUCAAAUGGAGCUAUGUGGAAUAUAUUGGGGUUUUGUUGUAUUUUGUUGUUUUUUAUCUGGGCUCUUUUUGUGUUAGAUUUAAAGGGCUUGUUUGGGUUCUUUUUUCUUUAUUCUGUAUUAAUGAAAUCAUUCUAUUGCUAGAGGCAACCAAGAACCAAUCAUAGGGGGGGUACAUUUUUUCUUAGCGGUAUAAUACCUUUUGGACUUAGUUUUGUUUACCUGAGGAGUUUUCUCUGAUAAUGUGUGUUGAAAGAAAAUACUUAAUGAUGGAACUGCUGAUGGAUGGGGUUCUGUGUUGUGUAAAUUGUGACCCACUUAUGAAGUUCUCAAAAGAUUGAUGUUUUUAAGUGCCUUGGCAGGCUCACUUCUGAGGUGCAAAGCACAGACACAGAAUUGAACAGGGCUCAAAACAAUAUGAGAAUUCCCAGGGCAGUUACUGAUGCAUGGUUUAAAGUAUCUAUGAUAAAAGCCAUAGUUUACCUAAAUUGGUGAUCUCUAGCUUUUACUACAUUGAAGAAACAUGAUUUCUAAAGGUGUGCAUGUAGAACAUAAAAAUAUUAGUAUUUCCUAAUUAUUUUUUAUAGUGAUGGUAAUAUAUUCUGUUCUACAGAUGCUUAAAGUUCUACAAGCAAGUCUUUUUCCAUCUCUUGAUAUCUGUGAUAUUGAAAAUUGAGGAAGUUGGAGUGCAAUAUUGUAUUGAAUUUCCACUCCUUUCUACAUGUUAACUGUACUGUAGGUGUAAAAAAUUCAGGUUAUGUAUAGGAUUGCCAUCUUCAGAGGUGAUGCUGAACUGUGAGGUUUCUUAGCAAUUGCCAAAUGAGCCAUAAGUCUACAGAAAUCCCUUCUCUGAAGAGGAGAGGAGUGUGUGUUUGAUUGAGAGGGUUAGUUUGUGUGGGGUGAGGGGUAAAAGGUGGGAUUAAAUAAGGGGGCGGGGGUGUCAUAUUCACGAAAGUCCUUUGUUCAGAAUGGCAUGAAGAUUGUAAUUAAUGCUCAUUAAGGAGGUCUUGAAGACACCAUUUUAGGGAUGAGCUUCUAUGAGAAGUUACAAUAAAUUAUUAAUUUUAGGUUA